AGAUGGCGGCGACGGGCAGCGGAUUGCGAUACUGGCCGGUGGAGAGGAGGAGCGGAUAGCCGGAGGGAGCCUGGGGAAAGAAAAAGAAAACAAAAAGACCCCGGUGCGAGAAGUUGAACUUCGAAAGGAAAAAAGAAAAGAGAAGAAAAGGUCUUGUCGUCGCAGCAACCCCGGGAGUUUGUCCAUUCAUUAGGUGCGGAGCGGAGCGGAGGAGCAGCCCGCGGGCGGUGUGAGGCUCAGGCCUCGGCGCCGACACUCGGAGGAAUCCGGUACCGAGCCCUGAAUCUGUACCGGGUUUUACCGGUCCAAACCGCCUGCCUUAGGAGCAUAUAGCUACAUAUCUGCUCUUGGCUAAUUUACUUAUCCAAAGCGCUGCGAAGCUCAGAACUUCACUGUCGGAGUGAGUUAAAGGGACAGAGACUAGCCCGCUAGCGUGAAGGCUAACUGACCCCCAUUCAGAAAUAAUGAGAAGUUAGCUAGCUGAAUUAGCGCGUCGGGCUAAACGGAUAACAAUGAGCAGAUCGGCUCGUGACGGUUCAGAGAGCUGUGUGUGAGACUGAUAUGUAGCCGCCGGUGUUUAUGGAUCCUCGGAUCAGACGGAAGCGGUAGGUAACUCUGCGGUAGCUGUGUGGUAGGGAGGUAGUUAGCUGGAUUCAUUUAGCCCGCUGUGUUUAUCCUGAGUGCCGCGCGCGCGCUCCCGUACCGUGCUCCCGAAUGAGAGCGCGCGCAGUCGCAUACACACGCCGGAGCCCCGUUCCUCAUGCUGGCCGGUUUGCUCAAUAAACACUGACUGUCUGUUCAGCGAGCACCGAGCCGCAGUUAUCCGGUCUCUGAGCCCCGAGUCGCUGCUGAUGUGCGGACUGAGCGCGGUGUGAAUUCACAGGAACUGGGUUUUGGAGCUCGGCACUGAGCGCGGUGCAUCAUGGGGAAUACGGUGUCUUGCUGCGUGUCUCCCAGCGGAAGUCCGAAACUCCCGCGGCCCACCGAGCGCCUCGAGGACUACCAGAUAAACGCGGACCUGAGUGAAGACACCGGGCCGUACCUGCAGCACAUCAGCGACCGGGAACUGCCCGAUGAUCUAGCUUUAGAGUCCAAUCCUUCAGACCAUGCUCGUGCUAGCACCAUCUUCCUCAGCAAGUCACAAACAGAUGUUCGGGACAAGAGGAAAAGCAAUCAUAUAAACCAUAUCUCUCCUGGUCCCCUCUCCAAAAAGUACAGCUCCUGCUCGACGAUAUUCAUCGAUGAUAGUACAGUCAGCCAGCCCAACCUGAAAAGCACAAUAAAAUGUGUUACUUUAGCAAUAUAUUACCAUAUUAAAAACAGGGACUCUGACAGAUCACUGGACAUAUUUGAUGAGAAGAAGCAUCCUCUGUCUAAGGAGCAAGUUCCUGAUGACUACUCGCGCACAGACCCUGAACACAAACUCAUCUACCGAUUCGUCAGGACGCUGUUCAGCGCUGCUCAGCUCACCGCCGAGUGUGCCAUCGUCACGCUGGUGUAUUUGGAGCGGCUGCUGACGUACGCUGAGAUGGACAUCUGCCCGUGCAACUGGAAGAGAAUUGUCCUGGGCGCCAUCUUACUGGCCUCCAAAGUCUGGGAUGAUCAGGCUGUGUGGAACGUGGACUACUGCCAGAUCCUCAAAGACAUCACUGUUGAAGACAUGAAUGAGAUGGAGAGGCACUUCCUGGAGCUUCUGCAGUUCAACAUCAAUGUUCCGGCUAGUGUCUAUGCCAAGUAUUACUUUGAUCUGCGCUCGCUGGCAGACGACAACAACCUGAGUUUCCCUCUGGAGCCUCUGAGCAACGAGCGUGCUCAGAAACUUGAGGCGAUCUCCAGACUGUGCGAGGAUAAGUACAAAGAUCUGAGCAGAGCCGCCAUGAGGAGAUCCUUCAGUGCCGACAACCUGGUGGGCAUCCGCAGAUCCAACGCCGUGCUCUCCUAGAUCACGUCAGCUCCGGUUCCCUCAGUCAAGAUCAUAACCCACUUCAGACUGUCUUCUUCCUGUCCUCCGGUAGAGAUCUCUCACCGGUGCCGUCCCCUGCAACAACCAAUGACCUGUCUACAUAGAAACAAAAACUGACUCAAGAGUUUUGUUUUGUUUUUCUUUUCUUUUCUUUUUUUUUUUUUGCUUUUUGCUUACUAUGUAGGCUACUAGCUGUGAAAUUUGUCAGUUUUUAAUUGAAAUCAAUUGCAGAUGGAGUAUUUUAAAUAAACACUAAUCAUGUAAAAAUGUUUUCCUGUUUGACGUUUGCUGUGCAGGUUAUUGAAGCUGCACAAUCGAAUAUUACUUCAUAUAUUGCAAUAUAACAUAUGACUAGACUGAUGUUUUACAUAGUUAAAGGGCUGUGUGAUUUUCGAUAAAAGUAAGUUCUUGCGUC